ACCACCCCAAGCUCGUCUGUCGGACCGAGCCCGCAGGCCACUGCUCGACGCACUCUUCUAGGGUGUCUCAGAUUAUACGCUUGCAGAGCUCGGUUUUCUUUCUAGGGUUUAUUUGAGCUUAUCCUUGCACAUUGCUUAAAGUUACUGAAGAACCCCAACACACUGCUUGUUUCUUUGUGGUUUUGGAGGUCAGAAGAUGGGUCAGGCAUUUCGUCGAGCAUCUGGAAGGAUCCGGAGUUCGAGUCUUGACACGACGCCGUCUUCGUCAGCGAAGAAGGCCAUCGUUGACCGCCAUCCUGCGGGUCCCACCGACAAGGUUGAGAUUUCGAAGGCUGGGGAAAACGGCGGUCUUGGCUCCGAUGAUAUCUCAAGAGAUAAUUCUGACCGCACUCUUGAAGAACGGGAUCCAAAGUAUGAUGCCAUGCUCAGUCAAAUGGUGGGUAGAAUUAGGUCAAAGCCUGGAGGGAAACUUGAGAUGGAUGAGGCAUUUGUGGCGAAGAGGUACAAUAGACCCAUGCCAAAACUGCGGAAUACAAAACCAGAGUCCAGCAGGUAUGAGGAGAAAUCUGUUCCAGCGGGGACCCUGAAUGUUGCACAGAUGCGCCAGAUCAUCCUCCUGCGUCAAGGCAAGGCUGAUGAUCACGACGGACCCAUGGAAAUCCACCAGAUUGCCAAGAAAUUCCAAAUUGAUGCUGGACAGAUUCAGAGAAUACUGCAGUACAUAUCUCUGCCACCAGAGGACACCACCAAACAGAAAAAUGAUCAAUAAUGAGACUUUGUUUGCUCAAUUGCAGUAUGUAUGAGAUUCUGUAGAGAUGAAGAGAUGGCUCUUCAUUCAACUGCAUCUGAGUAAAAUGUUGAGUUUAUGUGCAGAGCUUUUGUAAACGUGUAGGAAGUUUUGUCCUGACAAUUCCCAUAUACUUGGGGGAAGUGGAACUAAUUCAACUGGCUCAAGAUCUUUGCCCCAACCAAACAGUCAUACUUGAAAUUAAGAGUUUUGGAGGAUACAUGCGUAUGGAUACUUGAAAUUCCCAGCUGAAUUGUUUUGAGAGCAUGAGGUGUAAUGCUAUCUUGUGCAUUAAUUUGACCAAAUGCUUGACAUGCUUUUUCAAUUUCAUUAAAUAAGAGUAUGACAUGCUUUUUCAA